GCGGAGUCGCGCGCGCGCGCGCUCUCUCCGAUGUUGGCAGCAGUAGCGGAUCAGCUGUUUCGCGCGGAUUCUCUCUCGCUGUGGUUUAGCUGCGCUCCGGGAACGUGAUCGGCAAUUUAGCGGAAUGAACUUGUUCAAUCGACUGCCACGACUCUCUCGUCUGAGCGCUCACCAUCGCCAAAAUAUCUCUCGCUUCUGCACGAAAACCGAGGAGCCGGCAAUUCCCGUGAAUCCGCUGAGGGAGACGUACAGUGCCAGUGAUCAGCCUGGUAACGGGCUAAUAUACGACAAGAAACCUUUCAAGUUACAUCUGGAGGCCGGCAAGAAUUAUUCGUGGUGUCUCUGCGGGCAUAGUAAGAGUCAGCCACUAUGCGAUGGCACGCACAGGAACAUCUUUUUCAAGAUCAAGCUGAGACCCAUACGCUUCACCGUCACCGAGACCAAGGAAUAUUGGCUGUGUAACUGUAAGCAAACGUCGAACAGACCCUUCUGCGACGGCACGCACAAGAGACCCGACAUUCAGGAGUUGAAACGAUAGGAAAGGUGAAACUCUCUUGCGAAGUUGCGUAAUCAACGUACAAAUAUCGUAAAUCUUGGGCGCAAACGCGCGAGAUAAAGACUUGCUGUACGUGUAAUUACACGAUUGCCAUUUGCAUUUGGAUAUAUCUGCUGCGAUGUAUAUAAUAUGUUUGUCGCUGGGUAAUUAUUGCCAAUACAUAUGAUGUACACACUGCGAUGUUAUCUUUGAUAUUUCAAUAAAACGUCAGGAAUUCGUAUCGUGUAACAAA